AUGGCGGCCGGGCCGGGCGGCGGCCCCGGCGCGCCCAGCGAGGCGGAGGCGGUGCAGCUCUGCCGCAGCCUGGAGGUGGGCACCGUCAUGACCCUCUUCUACUCCAAAAAGUCGCAGCGACCCGAGCGGAAAACUUUCCAGGUGAAGCUGGAGACGCGGCAGGUCACCUGGAGCCGCGGCUCCGAGAAGGUCGAGGGGGCCGUGGAUAUUCGUGAAAUCAAAGAGAUUCGUCCAGGAAAAAACUCGCGUGAUUUUGACCGGUACCAGGAGGAUCCGUGUUUCCGACCAGACCAGUCUCACUGCUUCGUGGUCCUCUAUGGCACAGAAUUCCGGCUGAAGACCCUCAGCCUCCAAGCUACUUCUGAGGAUGAGGUCAAUAUGUGGAUCAAGGGGCUGAACUGGCUGGUGGCAGACACUCUGAGGGCACCCACCCCCCUGCAGAUUGAAAGGUGGCUCCGGAAGCAGUUCUACUCGCUGGAUCGCAACCGGGAAGACAGGAUCUCUGCCAAGGAUCUGAAGAACAUGCUGUCUCAGGUCAACUAUCGGGUGCCCAACAUGAGGUUCCUGCGGGAGAGACUCACGGAUGUGGAGCAGAGGAAUGGAGACAUCACAUAUGGGCAGUUUGCACAGCUCUACCGCAGCCUGAUGUUCAGUGCCCAGAAAACGAUGGAUGUCCCAUUCCUGGAAAGGGGUGGAGAAAGGUCUGAGCACUUCAGGGUGUCACUGCUGGAGCUGCAGAAGUUCUUGCUGGAGUACCAGAGGGAGCUCUGGGCUGCAGAUACCCUUCAGGUACAAGAAUUCAUGUUCAACUUUCUGAGAGACCCUUUGAGGGAGAUUGAUGAGCCUUAUUUCACCCUGGACGAAUUUCUCACCUUCCUGUUUUCCAAAGAGAACAGCAUCUGGAACUCACAACUGGACAUGGUGUGUCUGGAGAACAUGAACAACCCCCUCUCCCAUUACUGGAUCUCCUCCUCACACAACACGUACCUGACGGGGGAUCAGUUCUCGAGCGAGUCCUCGCUGGAGGCGUACGCGCGCUGCCUGCGCAUGGGCUGCCGCUGCAUCGAGCUGGAUUGCUGGGACGGUCCCGAUGGCAUGCCCGUCAUCUACCACGGACACACCUUAACCACCAAGAUCAAGUUCUCCGACGUCUUGGUCACUAUCAAGGAGCAUGCCUUUGUCACCUCUGAAUCUGGGGGAUGUCUUGGAAGCUUCUGUGACUCACUGGAAUCAGUGUUGCUGGUGACUGUCCUUCACAAACCUGAUCACCCCUCCCUGCUUGUGCUGGAGUGGAACCCUCAUUACUUUGUGCUGACCAGCAGCAAGAUCUAUUACUCUGGGGAGACAACCAGUGACCAAGGAAAUGAGGAUGAGGAAGAGCAGAAGGAGGUGAGCAACAGCACCGAGCUUCACUCCACAGAGAAGUGGUUCCACGGGAAGCUGGGAGCGGGCCGUGACGGGCGGCACAUCGCGGAGCGGCUGCUCACCGAGUACUGCAUCGAGACGGGGGCCCCCGACGGCUCCUUCCUCGUCAGGGAGAGCGAGACCUUUGUUGGGGACUACACCCUCUCCUUCUGGCGCAACGGGAAGGUGCAGCACUGCCGGAUCCACUCACGGCAGGAUGCCGGCAGCCCCAAGUUCUUCCUGACGGACAACCUGGUGUUCGACAGCCUCUACGACCUCAUCACCCACUACCAGGGGGUGCCACUGAGGUGCAACGAGUUUGAGAUGAGGCUGACAGAGCCGGUGCCACAGACCAAUGCCCAUGAGAGCAAAGAGUGGUACCACGCCAACCUCACCCGGGCCCAGGCCGAGCACAUGCUGAUGCGGGUGCCCCGCGACGGAGCCUUCCUGGUGCGCAAGAGGAGCGAGCCCAGCUCCUACGCCAUCUCCUUCAGGGCAGAAGGGAAGAUCAAGCACUGCCGGGUGCAGCAGGAGGGCCAGACUGUGCUGCUGGGCAACUCUGAGUUUGAGAGCCUGGUGGACUUGAUCAGCUACUACGAGAAGCACCCGCUGUACCGCAAGAUGAAACUGCGGUACCCCAUCAACGAGGAGACGCUGGAGAAGAUCGGCACUGCGGAGCCGGACUACGGAGCCCUGUAUGAGGGACGCCACCCCGGGUUCUAUGUGGAAGCCAACCCCAUGCCCACCUUCAAGUGUGCAGUCAAAGCCCUGUUCGACUACAAGGCCCAGCGGGAGGACGAGCUCACCUUCACCAAAAAUGCCAUCAUCCAGAAUGUGGAGAAACAGGAAGGAGGCUGGUGGAGAGGAGAUUAUGGUGGCAAGAAGCAGCUGUGGUUCCCUUCCAACUAUGUGGAGGAAAUCACCAGUCCCAGUAGCCUGGAGCCAGAGCGGGAGCAGCUGGAUGAGAACAGCCCCCUGGGAGACCUGCUCGGAGGUGUCCUGGACGUGCCUUCGUGCCAGAUCGCCAUCCGCCCCGAGGGGAAGAACAACCGGCUCUUCGUGUUCUCCAUCAGCAUGUCCUCGGUGUCGCGCCUGUCCCUCGACGUGGCGGCCGACACGCACGAGGACCUGCUGGACUGGGUGAAGAAGAUCCGGGAGGCAGCUCAGACAGCUGAUGCACGGCUCUCUGAAGGGAAGAUGAUGGAGAGGAGGAAGAAAAUUGCCCUGGAGCUUUCUGAGCUGGUGGUCUACUGCCGACCUGUGCCCUUCGAUGAAGAGAAGAUCGGCACAGAGAGGGCCUGUUACCGAGAUAUGUCCUCCUUCCCCGAGACCAAGGCGGAAAAGUACGUCAACAAGAUCAAAGGCAAGAAGUUCCUGCAGUACAACCGCCUGCAGCUCUCCCGCAUCUACCCCAAGGGCCAGCGCCUCGACUCCUCCAACUACGACCCCCUGCCCAUGUGGAUCUGUGGCAGCCAGCUGGUAGCACUCAACUUCCAGACCCCAGACAAGCCCAUGCAGAUGAAUCAGGCCUUGUUCAUGUCCAGUGGCCAGUGUGGGUACGUCCUGCAGCCAACCAACAUGCGAGAUGACAUCUUUGACCCCUUCGACAAGGGCACGCUGCGAGGCAUCGAGCCGCUCUCCAUCUCCAUUGAGGUCCUGGGGGCUCGGCACCUUCCCAAAAAUGGAAGAGGAAUCGUUUGUCCUUUUGUGGAGGUGGAGGUGUCCGGCGCCGAGUAUGACAAUGCCAAGCAGAAAACCGAGAUUGUGGCGGACAACGGCCUGAACCCCCUCUGGACCCCGAAGCAGUUCCACUUCCAGGUCAGCAACCCUGACUUUGCCUUCCUCCGCUUUGUGGUGUACGAGGAGGACAUGUUCAGCGAUGAGAACUUCCUGGCUCAGGCCACCUUCCUGGUGAAAGGCUUGAAGACAGGUUUCCGAGCUGUUCCCCUGAAGAACAACUACAGUGAGAAUUUGGAGCUGGCUUCCCUGCUGGUCAAGAUAGACAUUUUCCCUAGCAAGGAGAAUGGUGAAAUAAACCUCUUCAAUGCUUCAGCCCUACGGGAACGAGCAGGGGAUGCCUCCAGUCAGCUGCUGUCAAGCAGAGGCAGAGAGGGGUCCUUUGAGUCGCGGUACCAGCAGCCUUUUGAGGAUUUCCGGGUGUCACAGGAGCAGCUCGCUGACCACUUCGAGAGCCGGGAGCGAAGGGUACUGCGGAGGACCCGGGUCAACGGGGACAACCGGCUGUAGCCCAUCCCGGCGGGCGAAAGCACCUCCAGUGCUUGUGAAUCUCACAGCACGCUGUGAACUGGUUUCUAUGGAAACGGCACUGCUAUGGCCUACUUUCAGGCAGCUUUUCCAGUUUCUCUGCUGAAGUGUGUUCAAGUGGAGAACUAAAAAAAAAAAAAAUAAUAUUGGAAAAAAAAACCCCACUCCAAAACCAACCCCAACCACCCCCCGACCUUCACCACCAAGCCCUUAAUGAAGCGCGUCGGUGCAGACAGGCUGCCAGCCGCUGAGGUGAGAGACCAAACUGCCUAUAAUCACAAGGAGAGACCCAAAAAACCCCCAUCCAGCCCUCUGUGUCGCUGCUCUGCCUGUAUUCCAGAGAUCCUGUGCAGCUGCCAGAGGCUCUGUGCAGCCAUCCUUUGCUGUACUGUUCCCAGCACUCCAGGCAGGGGGGGACUUUGGAGACCGAGGCAGCAAUAGCUGUGUCCUGGCAUCGGAUCUACUACCUGUAUAGCCACUGCCUAAGGGUCCAGUAGUGAAACUCUGUGUUUACGGGGCCGCUCUAGCUUUAAACGACAAUAAAAGUGUCA